AUGGACCCCAUUCCCGCUGGAACUGCUCCCGUCGCCGUUGGCGCCGACAAAGUCCCGGAGACUGUCGCAACCACGACCAGCCUUGACGCCAAGCCUACGGAGUCUGUAGCCGCCGAGACAAAGCCCGUCGAAGAGAAGAAGGACGAGGAGAAAGACGCAAAGAAGGAAGAAACUGCGCCAGCGCCCGAGACAUCAGCCGCCGAAUCCGCCAAGUUGAAUGGACCUCCUGCGCCCGCUCCGCCUGCUGACGCGCCAACCGCGGCAGACAGUGUCGCCGGUGCACCAAAGCCUGCUUCCAUUGAAGAAGUUCCCGACAAGGACGGCCCGGUCGCGACGACCGGGGUCGAGGAACCCAAGUCUAUUCUCGCCGAGCAGUCGGCCGCGACAUCUGUGCCUUCCGCCUCGGCUGCCGAGCCCGAGAAGAAAUCGAUUGAAGAGCCCAAACCCAUUCCUGCUGAGAAGCCGGCCGUGACAUCUACGACCGAUGCUUCUUCUGCUCCUGCUGCCGAGCCCGUGAAGAAGUCGGUAGAGGAGCCCAUUCCUCAGGAGCCCGCCAAAGAGCCUACAGUUGAGGACGAGCCGGUCAAGGAGCCCAUUACCGAGAAGCCCGAAGCUGUCAACGGUGCUGCGACCAAGGAUGUCGAGAUGACGGGCGCCCUCAACGAUGCCGAGCCUGCUGGUGCUGGCGAGCGCGAAGCUGCGCCGCAGAGUAUCGCGUCAGAGGCUAAGGCCGGCGACAAGCGUAAGGCGGAUGACCUCGCCGAGACCAACGGGGCCAAUGGCACCAACGGAGUCGAGGAGGCGCCUGAGGACAAGCCAGCCGAGAAGAAGGCCAAACGGGGCCCUGGCCGUCCUUCGAACGGGGCUGCGAAGCAGUCGCCGAAGAAGGACUCGCCCAAUAAGGAGAAAGAGUCAUUCGGCCACAAGGUGGCCAGGAACGUGAAGAAGGUCAUGCCGGCCGUUGGCAGGACUGAGCGCAAGACUCGCUCCCAGGGUCCUGCUUGA